AUGUACAUCAAAUUGAUACCGGUACUGAAUCAAGCUGAACCGGUUAAUCGCAUGUUUCUACUAUGCAUUACUUUGGGUACCUCAGUUGCUGCUUCUUCAAGGCAUCGUGAAUUGAGACAGCUAAUUAUUAACGCCACUUUCGACCUGGCCCUCAAGGCGGUGAACGAUACCAGCAUCAUCGAUGGAGAUCUACAAGGCGACACAGCCUGA